AUGGGUUCUAUCAAAAAGAUUUUACCACCUCAACCACAUUAUUUGUCUGGAUACGCUGGAUAUGUUCCAGGUUACAAAUUUCACUAUGGUCAAAGUUAUGGAAAAUUAACUCACGAUUUAUUUUUUGACAAAAAAAUUAGCCGAUCUAAUAUACCAGUACUGAGUGAUCUUAGUAACGUCCAUGAUGAUACGUUUUGUACUCUUGAAGAAAAGGAAUCCAUAAAUAAGCGAUGCGAAACUAGAAGUUGCAAAUAUACUACUGAUAUAAUACCAGGUUAUGCUGGAUAUGUACCUCAAUAUGAUUUCUUAUGUGGAAAAAAAUUUACUGUGGAUGCAACUCUGGGAAUCAACAAUUUUGUGAAAAUACAAAAUUCAUGUGUGUGUCCACAAUGUGAACAGACACAAGAAUAUUCUAAGAAAUUUGAUAAGAAUAUUAAAGAUACCAAUAAUUAUACACAUCCGUUUAAAAAGAACUUUGAAGGAGUAAAAUUAUUCAAAGAACAAUACGAACCAACCUUGCCAAUUCCACCUAGCGAUUCACCUUAUUUUUUGGAAAACGGAAAUCCUCACAAAAAAUUUAUGGCUGGUUAUGCAGGACAUGUACCAAAUUUAUUCCUUCAAUUUGGUCAAUCAUAUACUCCUGCCACUAAUGAAGCGCUAGAUAUAUUUACGGACCAGUAUGAAAAACACAAAUUACAUUCUACGAAAUAA